AAAAAAAAAAAAAGAAAAGGAAAAACUCUCCGCAGAGCCCGCACCAUACAAAUCAUACAACUCUCGUUCACAUUCCUCCUAUUUAUUUAUACACCCUUCAAAAAAAUCCAAUCAAUUUCAAAACAGAAACCAGAAAAAUACCACCAGAUCUCAAUUACCAAUCAAUCAACCCAAAGCAACGAUGUCGUACUACCCAAGAGGCAGCGGAGGCGGAAACUAUGACGGCGAUGACUUCGAAGAAUACGAUCCAACCCCUUACGGCGGAGGUUACGUCCAAGCACGCGUCUACGGCAGCCCUCUCCCUCCUUCCCAUGAGACUUGCUACCCUCCUUCCUCCUCCGGCAGCGAUGGCGGAGGCAUUGACUACGAUCGUCCUCAUUACUCAUCCUACGCCGAGCCAUCCGCCUACGCCGAGGAGGCUCAGGAGAAUGAGUACAAGAGCUAUGCCCGCCCUGGAUCUCGCCCGCCGAUCACUUACGGUGGUACACCCCAACCCGCCCCUGCUUACGGAAGCGGGUCGGGGUAUCAGCCCCACCUUCCCCAACCUGGUUAUCAUCAAGGUGGGGGGAUAGGUAGUGGUUCGGAAUAUGGUGGAAGACCUCAAUAUGAAGCACCCACCUCUGAAUAUGGAUCUGGGUAUGGGAGGAAACCUGAAUAUGAAGCUCCGACUUCGGAAUAUGGAUCCGGGUAUGGUAGAAAACCCGAGUAUGAAGCUCCGACUUCGGAAUAUGGAUCUGGAUAUGGUAGGAAAUCCGAGUAUGAAGCUCCGACUUCUGAAUAUGGAUCUGAGUAUGGUAGGAAACCAGAGUAUGAGGCUCCGACUUCUGAUUAUGGAUCUGGGUAUGGAAGGAAAUCUGAGUAUGAAGCUCCGGCUCCGGAAUAUGGAUCUGGGUAUGGGAGAAAGACCGAGUAUGAAGCUCCGGCUCCGGAAUAUGGGUCUGGAUAUGGGAGAAAGACGGAGUAUGAAGCUCCGGCUCCGGAAUAUGGAUCUGGGUAUGGGAGGAGGACUGAAUAUGAAGCUCCGGCUCCGGAAUAUGGAUCUGGUUAUGGUGGAGGAAGGACUGAAUAUGAGAAGCCUAAGUAUGGAAGGGAGGAAGGAGAAGGAUAUGGUGGAUCUUCUUAUGGUAGGACUGGUUAUGAAAGAAAGAGUGAUGAUGAAGAUGAAGGCUAUGGCCGGAAGAAAUAUGGUGACAAUGAUUCUGAUGAUGAUGAUGAGAAGCGUCGCCAGAAGUAUCACCACCACCACCAGCGCAGGCACCAUGAUGAGGACUGAUAUGAUUUAUUGUCAGUUUUAAGUUAAUCUCCCCCAUCUUUAUCCUUUGAUAUUAAAAUAAGGGGUUGAAGCUUUGAGAGUGUUUGGUGUAUAGCAUACCUUCUGCUUUAUGUUUUCUUGUAUGAUGGCUCAAUGGGCCUGUGUUAUUCUAUUAUGUACUACUUAAACAAAACAACUGUGUGUUUUCUAUUGAAUGGAGUUUAUGUUGUUUUGGUCUAUUGAAGCAUAAUUUAGCUCAA